AUGAAGACCCUUUGUGCGCUGAUGCUGGUGGCUGUGUCCAAGGCUUCCUUGGAGGAGGACGUGGCUUUGCUGAGGGCAGAGGUGAAUGCGCAGAAAGAGAUCCUGCAGAAUCAGCAAGCCAUCCUCAAAGAUUUGGCACCCAUUGGUCGGCAGCUUCAAACGGGCUGGGUGACCCAAGCAGAACUGACGGCCGCAGUGACUGCUUUGCAGAACACUGACUACAGCCUGGGAGGAGCCUUGGAUUCAGCCUGGCUUUGCUUGUGUGGUGCAUUGGUGAUGUUCAUGCAUGCUGGCUUCGGCAUGCUUGAGACGGGCAGCUGCCGUGCAAAGAAUGCAUCCAACGUGCUCAUGAAGAACUUGGUGAACGUUUGCGUGGGCACUUUGGGGUGGUGGCUUUUUGGGUGGGCCUUUGCCUAUGGUGCCCAGAAUGGCAACGGUUUCAUUGGAACCACGGGCUUUGCCGGCUUCGACUUCUACACCCAAGAUCAGACCACGGGUGUCAUCACUCCAAUGGCAAGCUGCGACGCAGAUGGGUGCCAAAGCGUCAUGCUAAGCUGGUUCUUUCAAUGGGCAUUUUGCACUGCUGGUGCCACCAUCGUCAGUGGUGCAGUUGCUGAGCGUGUGAAGAGCCCCACAUAUGCGGUCUUUGCAUUCUUGAUGGCGAGCUUCAUCUACCCAGUCAUUGUGGCAUGGUCUUGGGGUGGAGGCUGGAUUGCCACCGUCCUCGAUGUUGGCUACAUGGAUUUUGCGGGCAGUGGUGUGGUCCACCUGACAGGAGGAGUGGCUGGCUUGGCAGGAACCAUUGUGCUUGGACCACGAGCGGGGCGCUUUACGAACCCUGAUGAGUUUGAGUGCCACAACCUUCCUCUGGUGGUGCUGGGCACUUUCGCUUUGUGGUUCGGUUGGUAUGGCUUCAACCCAGGUUCCACCCUUUCAAUGCACGAUGGAGCAACCGGUGCCAUGGCAGCUCAGGUUGCGAUGAACACAACAUUGUCUGCGGCUACUGGUGGAAUCACUGUCUUCAUCCUUCGCUACGCCAUCACAAAGAAGUAUGACGUUGGUGGCUUGUGCAAUGGCAUUCUUGCAGGCUUGGUCUCCAUCACGGCAGGCUGCGGCAACAUGGAAUGCGGCAGUGCUUUUGCUACUGGAUUGAUUGGAGCAUUUUUCUACCAAGGUUCUUCCAUGCUCGUUCAAAAGCUGAAGAUUGAUGAUCCAGUGGACGCCGCACCAGUUCACGGCUUUUGUGGCAUUUGGGGUGUGUUGGCAUGCGGCUUCUUUGAUUGGGGAAAGGGUUUUGAUCAUUACCAUGGCUGGAGUGGUUUUGGAUGCAUGCCUGUCUCAACGACGGACUCCACUUGCCAGACCGGCAUUGGGGGCAGUGCUAUCGGAGCACAGUUCAUCCUCAUCAUCAUGGUGAUUCUGUGGUCUGGCAGCCUUUCCGCCAUCAUUUUCUUGAUUCUGAAGCUCACCGGUACUUUGCGCAUCAGUGAGGAGGUGGAACAGGUGGGCAUGGACUCUCACCACCAUUCACCGGCCAAGGCUUCCUUGGAGGAUGAAGUGGCCAUGCUAAUGGCUGAGGUGAAAGCACAGAAAGAGAUGAUUCAAGAGCAACAAGCUAUGAUCGAAGAGCUUCAGCCCAUCGGUCGGCAGCUUCAAACGGGCUGGGUGACCCAAGCAGAACUGACGGCCGCAGUGACUGCUUUGCAGAACACUGACUACAGCCUGGGAGGAGCCUUGGAUUCAGCCUGGCUUUGCUUGUGUGGUGCAUUGGUGAUGUUCAUGCAUGCUGGCUUCGGCAUGCUUGAGACGGGCAGCUGCCGUGCAAAGAAUGCAUCCAACGUGCUCAUGAAGAACUUGGUGAACGUUUGCGUGGGCACUUUGGGGUGGUGGCUUUUUGGGUGGGCCUUUGCCUAUGGUGCCCAGAAUGGCAACGGUUUCAUUGGAACCACGGGCUUUGCCGGCUUCGACUUCUACACCCAAGAUCAGACCACGGGUGUCAUCACUCCAAUGGCAAGCUGCGACGCAGAUGGGUGCCAAAGCGUCAUGCUAAGCUGGUUCUUUCAAUGGGCAUUUUGCACUGCUGGUGCCACCAUCGUCAGUGGUACAGUUGCUGAGCGUGUGAAGAGCCCCACAUAUGCGGUCUUUGCAUUCUUGAUGGCGAGCUUCAUCUACCCAGUCAUUGUGGCAUGGUCUUGGGGUGGAGGCUGGAUUGCCACUGUCCUCGAUGUUGGCUACAUGGAUUUUGCGGGCAGUGGUGUGGUCCACCUGACAGGAGGAGUGGCUGGCUUGGCAGGAACCAUUGUGCUUGGACCACGAGCGGGGCGCUUUACGAACCCUGAUGAGUUUGAGUGCCACAACCUUCCUUUGGUGGUGCUGGGCACUUUCGCUUUGUGGUUCGGUUGGUAUGGCUUCAACCCAGGUUCCACCCUUUCAAUGCACGAUGGAGCAACCGGUGCCAUGGCAGCUCAGGUUGCGAUGAACACAACAUUGUCUGCGGCUACUGGUGGAAUCACUGUCUUCAUCCUUCGCUACGCCAUCACAAAGAAGUAUGACGUUGGUGGCUUGUGCAAUGGCAUUCUUGCAGGUUUGGUCUCCAUCACGGCAGGCUGCGGCAACAUGGAAUGCGGCAGUGCUUUUGCUACUGGAUUGAUUGGAGCAUUUUUCUACCAAGGUUCUUCCAUGCUCCUUCAAAAGCUGAAGAUUGAUGAUCCAGUGGACGCCGCACCAGUUCACGGCUUUUGUGGCAUUUGGGGUGUGUUGGCAUGCGGCUUCUUUGAUUGGGGAAAGGGUUUUGAUCAUUACCAUGGCUGGAGUGGUUUUGGAUGCAUGCCUGUCUCAACGACGGACUCCACUUGCCAGACCGGCAUUGGGGGCAGUGCUAUCGGAGCACAGUUCAUCCUCAUCAUCAUGGUCAUCCUCUGGUCUGGCAGCCUCUCUGCUAUCAUCUUCCUGCUCUUGAAGCUCACUGGGGCUUUGCGGAUCAGCGAGGAGGUGGAACAGGUGGGCAUGGACUCUCAUCACCAUUCACCGACGAAGGCCUACUCCCUGAGCGAUGCGAAGAUCACCACGGAAACCACCACCAUCGGAGUGGAUGGGUCGCUUUUUGUCGUCGAAAGAGUGGAGCUCUUUGUAUCAGCGACCGAGCCUGGCGUGGGCAGUCUGACUGUCUUCCUGAAGAGCUCGGCAGAGGCGGCGGUGGAUACGGUGGAGAAAGACGCGGCACCGAAGGAUGGGGCAGAGGAGACACCACAGGAGGAGCCAGCUGUCCCACUGGAAGGUUCGGUGACCAUCGUUCAAGGUGCCAGCCGCACGCGAGUGCCCUGGGCGCCAGAGGAGAGCUGUCGGCAGCUGCGCGCGCGCAUCGAGGACUCCACCGGCAUCCCUGCAGCCAAGCAGCAGUUGAAGCUGGUCAAUCAGGAGUUCUUGGCCGAGGGCGACGAAACACAAGCAUCCUACGAGUCGGCCGGAAAGAUUAAGACGAUCUGGUUGGAAGACUUGCGCACGCCAGGGGAGAGGGGCGAAGAAGAGAAGACCUUCAUCGAUGAAUUGAAGCAGCUUUGGAAGUUGGACAACGUCACCGUGGUGAGUUUGGCGCUAGUGGCCUACACCUUCUUCAAGGAGCUGUUGCCGCUCUUCAUCGAAGGAGUGAACAAUCCCUUGGCGGAUCUGCCCUGGCAACCAGGGCCCAUCGACACCAAUCCGCCCUCUCCUAUUUAA